AUGACAAGCAUUGAGCAGAUUGAGAUUAGCGGUGUGCGUAGUUUCGACCCUAAUCCCGCCCACCGACAGAGAAUUGUUUUUCAAAAGCCACUCACCGUCAUUCUUGGAAAGAAUGGCGCCGGCAAAACUACUAUCAUUGAGGCACUAUUAAAUGCCUGCACAGGUCAAAUGCCACCAGGCAGUGGGUCUGAGAAGAGUUCUUUUGUCUACGACCCAAAAGUAAUGGGAGAAACAGACGUCAAAGCACAAAUUCGUCUUCUCUUCACAGGAAGAGGGGGAAAGGUUAUGCAGGUCAUACGUUCCUUUCAGGCUCUCCGCACUCGCAGUAAAACUACUUUCGCAACACUAGACAACACCGUGGCUUAUCAAGAUCCUGCUACUGGAAAGGUGGUCUCUAAUACAUACCGUGCAAGUGAUGUGGACCGUGCAGUUCCAGAGAUGCUCGGUGUAUCUCCUGCUGUGCUUGAACAUGUUAUCUUCUGUCAUCAAGAAGAUGGGAAUUGGCCACUGGCACCACCAAAGGAUGUAAAGAAAAUAUUUGAUGACAUCUUUGCAGCGACACGGUAUGUACUAGCACUGGAUCGUCUACGAGAAAACAGUAAAGAAUUUCGUCGUCAGCAAAAAGAACAUGAAGCUAAUUUAAUGGCUUUACGUGAGCAUAGAGAUCAGGCAGAACAACUGACACGUGAUAUCACAGCAAAGGAAGAAUCCAUAAAGACUAUUCAGUUAAGAGCUAAAUCGUUGGAACCACAAUUAAAAAAGCUACAUAGUGUUGCUACAGCUUUAAGUGCAGUAGAACAAAAUGCAGAAAACUUAUCGAGAGAGGCCGCUGUUAUUCAAGGUCGUAUAGAAGAAAGACAACAGUCUGUUAAUAGAGCAAAUCUUCCACUGACUACACAAACACUUGAAGAAUUUCUAGAAGUUAAAAAAGGUUUUGCUGAUCACGUCAAUAAACUUGAGAUGGAAGCAUCACAAAAAUCAAAACUACUUGAAGAGGUAGAGGAGAAACGGCAUAAAUACGAAGAAGAAGUUGCCAAUCUUCGUACUACCAUUCACUUUUUUGAACAACAAGAGAAACAACAUGCACAAAAUUGUACGAUAUUUCGACAAAUAGUAAAUGAUGUGGCAAAAGAUUUCGUAUUAAAUGAGAAUGAUAUCAUAAAUGAGUCCACAUUACAACACAUUACAGAUCAUUUGAAUAAGGAGUUGGAAAAUUCCAUUCAAGAACGUGAAUCUUUGUUAAAGGAAAUUGAUGACAAGUGUAAACUUGUGGAAGAUGAGCAAAUCAUUACACUUCGUACUAUGGAUGCGGAUAAUAAAGAGAAGGAGAUGAAGGAAGAACAAUUAAAGCAAAUACAAGAACGUAUGAGAGAUACACAAGAAGCUCUUCGUAAACUUCAACCUCAUGCUAGUCCCUUACAACUUGAAAAUUUGAAAAAAACAAUUCUUACCUUGGAGGAACGAGUAAAAGCUGUAGAAGAAUUAAAGAAAAAUGGUGAAAACUACAAACAACGACAUGAUAUAUUACAAAAAUUAGAAAUACAAAAUCGUCUUGUUGCUGAGUUACGACAACAAUUAUCCAGACAUAAACAACUUUCAACGGGAGAAGCAGAGAUAAAUUUACUUCGUACACAAAUAGAAGAAAAACGAAAAAAAAUAGAUAUUGAAAUUCAAGAAGCCGUUAUACCAGCACUCUUAACGUUUGGGUAUGAUGUAACGGAAAACGCUGCAUUAGCGGAGGUGUCUUUAUUAACAGAGAAACUACGUGAUCAACGAACAGAAUCUCUUCGCAUGAUUCAUGUUGAAUACGGUGAACUGGACCGUCAAAUUGCGGUAUUACAACAGAAACAAUCUCAGUUAAUGAAUGACAUUUUACGAAAUGACUCAGAACUUCAACGUAAACGUACCAUUUGUACAGAAAUACUUGGAAAAGGUGUUGAUUUAGAUCAAUUUGAAUCAAUUCUUCAACAUGCACGGGAAACACUACAAAAGGCAAAUCACCGAAGUCACGCAUUAGAGGCGAUGAAGAUGUGUUAUGCUAAUUUUGUUGAAAUAGCAAAAGCAGAGAAAAAGUGUCCUGUGUGUGAUAGGGAGUUUUGUGAUGAGGCGACGUUAGCCAAUUUUAUGGAUCUCAACAAGGCUCAACAACAGGCAUCACCUGAAAACGUUGAAAAGGCACGAGUGGAGAGUAUAGAGGCCGAACAGAAAGUUCGUCGUCUUGAAUCCAUUGAGUCAGACGUACAUGAGGUGAGACGUAUUCUAUCCAAUGCCCCUGGUUUAAGACAAUUACUUUCUUCUUUAAAUGAGGAACUUGCCAAUAAAAAGGCAUUCUUAGAAGAUGUGGAACGUAAACGAGAAGUUAUGGAGAGUCAAAUGAAGAAAGUACAAGAAAUUGUACAAAUUGUAACAGAUUUAAAUGCUAUUGCGGGAGAAAUGUAUUCUCUUCGACAACAUCUUCUUCGUAGAGAGAAUUCCAUGAAAGAAAUUCAAACAGUUUCUCUUACGAAGGAAAAUAAUAAUAAUAAUAAUAAUAAUAAUAAUAAUAAUAAUAAUAUGAUGGAUACUUCACGAACGUAUGAAGAUCUCUCAGCAGAGUAUGAGAAUGCAAACACAGAGUUAUAUCGUCUUAAUGUCUUGUUAAAUGAGGCCCAACGACGAGAGGAUGGUGAAUCUGAUCAAGCUGCUUCUAAUGAACUUAGUUUAAAAAGAGGUGAGUAUUAUCAAUUAGAGAUGAAACUCAUACGACAAGGGGAAUUGGAGGAAGUACUUGUACGGUGUCGAAAAGAAUCGGAUGGUUGCAGAGAACGCAUCGCUGCUAUUGAUAAAAAAAGAGAAGAACUACAGAAACAAUUGAAUAAUUUUUAUGACCUUUUAAAUAAAAUUCAACAAGAACGUCAAGAAACAGAAAAUGCUUCAAAACAAGGCCGUCUUGGGAAAAUAGAGGAAUCACUUCGUUUGUUGGCAAAUAUUUUGCCCAAAGUACGGGAUUAUAUUGUAUCACAGCAUAGUGAGCAAGUGUUAAGGACACGUGAAAAAUUACACACAGCUGAAGUAGCGAGUGCCGCAGCAUCAGAGGAAGUUAAACAGUUACGUGCAGCUAUUCAAGAGGCACGAUCUGUAGUAGAUAAACAGUAUCAACACGCCGCAGAGAUGGAAAAACAGAUUGAUGUACUUGAGAAACUCAAAUGGAUUGCAGAGGACCAAACACGACUACAAGAGAUUGAAAAAACACUUGAGGAUCUUAAACGUAAAGAAGUCUCUGGUGUAGAGGAGGUGCUUGGUAGUGAUAUUGUAGCCCGUGAGAGUGUACCCCGAAUUCGUGAACUCAUUCGCAGUAAAGUGAGUGAAUUAGAACGUUCCCGUGCCCAACAGGAAGGCAACAUGGAGGCAAUGUUGCAAGAUGUGGUUCGGCUGAAGAGUCAACUCUCACAUGAGAAGUAUAAAGAUGUAGAGAAGCGUUAUCGUUCCACUUUUCUGCGGGUGCAGACGACAGAGAUUGCGGUGGCGGAUAUUGAAAAGUAUUACCGUGCUCUAGAGAAGGCUGUGCAGUCUUAUCAUCAGGAGAAGAUUGCACAAGUCAAUCACAUUCUCGCGGAUCUCUGGCGGCAGACAUAUAAGGGAAGUGAUAUCGACACCGUGGAACUGCGCUCGGAGGAUGAUGCCACCUCCACAACUACACGCCGCAGUUACAGUUACCGUGUGGUGAUGAAGCGGGGAAACAGCGAGAUGGAUAUGCGGGGCCGCUGCAGCGCUGGGCAGAAAGUACUCGCCGCCGUACUCAUUCGACUCGCACUUAGUGAGGCCUUCUGCUGCGAUUGCGGUAUUCUCGCGUUGGAUGAACCAACAACAAACCUUGAUGAGGAUAACGCCCGCUCUCUCGCGGAGUCUUUACGUCUGCUGAUUGAUAAUCACCGUAGUGUUAAGCACUUUCAACUGAUUGUCAUUACACAUGAUGAACAGUUUGUACGGGCACUUGGGGGACAGGCAUUGGAUACCUUUUACUAUAUACAUAAAGACAGAGAAGGUGCCUUCUCCGUUAUUGAGGAGAGAACCUUUGAUCAGUUAUUUGCCGCAUAA